AAUAAGCAUUGCAAAGAACUUAAUUUGGAAAACUUUAAAGGCGAUUUUCUCAAUAUUUUAAUUUUUUGCACCCUCAGAUUCUAUAUACUGAAAUAGCUGUAUCACGGCCAAAUAUUGCUCUAUCCUGACAAACCAUACAUCGACGUAAAGCUUAUUUAUUCAGCUUUCAUAUGAUGUAUAAAGCUCAAUUUUGAAAAAUGUACACUUAUGACUGGUUUUGUGGUCCAGGGUCACAAAUAUAAUUUUCCUAAAGAAAGCCAGUACUUUUAGCUCUAACAAACAUGAUUUUGCUAACCUGUUUACAAAACGUAAUUCCUUUUCACUCAUUGUCCGCUGGUUUUGUGGUGAAGGGUCCACAAACGCAUUUUGAUAUCUCUCGUUACUCAUCACAGGAAUGUGAAUCGGCGCUCUCACGAAAGCGUGAAAUGAAAACAACGACCUCUAGCUUUACUACGUAAGUGUUUAUGAUCCCUAACUACGCGUCUGUGACGAAGUUCUCAAUGAAUAAUGUCGAGCUCAGCUCCAGCAGAAGAGGUGCUCGGUAGAGUUCAUGACGCCUGUCAGUCCGCGGGAGCGCCGUUAACGCUGCAGGUGACAGAAACUGGACCGAGCGAGCGAUGCUCCGCCGUUCAUCUCAAGGAAAGCGACAAACGCGCAUCUUCCUUUGGAAAUAGUGCGGUCUGGGAAUAGUCUGCCGUGUCGGUCAUGCUUUUGGAGAACCGCUGUGAGGCUUCACCAUGAAAUCCUUUAAAUAUCCUUCAAACGCUCUCCUGGAAUUAACCGUCAUUUUUCUUUUCAUUCAGAACUCCAGGAUGGAGACCGAAGUAGCAUUCAUGAUGGCUAGCAGGACGGUGACAGAAGGUUGCCCUCUGGGUCAGUUCCCCUGUGGAAACAUGAGUGUGUGUUUGCCCCAGGUCCUUCAGUGUAACGGCCACAGGGACUGCAAGAACGGAGCGGACGAGGAACACUGCGGGGACAACAGCGGAUGGGCGGAUAUCUUUGAUCGAAACUUUAAGAAGGCAGAGCCACAGGACCUUCCUAAUGACUGCUUUCUGCUGCAGUACCCGGAGAGUUGUGAUUGCAUCAAGAUGGAGGUGGAAUGUGUGGACGUGAACCUGCAUGUCGUACCCGUCCUCUCCCCCAAUGUGACUUGGUUGUCUCUGAAGAACAAUAGGAUUAGGAAUUUGGAUGAUUACAUCUUCUCCAAAUACACACAACUCCAGAGACUGUUUCUUCAGAACAACAUAAUUCAGAUGGUCUCAAGCCGUGCUUUCAGUGGACUAUUUAAUCUAGAAAAACUGUUUCUCAGCCAAAACCACAUAACCUAUUUGGGACCGGGUGUAUUCAGAGAUCUACAUAAAUUAGAUUGGCUAGUCUUAGACCACAAUCCACUUAAAAGCAUUACCCGUGAUAUGUUCAUCGGCCUGAGGUCGCUGACAUUUCUAUCAAUGGUGAACACGUCCCUGAUGUGGCUGCCCGAUUCAAGUCUCUGUCAGCACAUGCCCGUGCUCAGGUGGCUGGACAUCGCCGAGAACUACGUUGAGUUGCUGAAUUAUUCCACUCUGAAGACGUGCACCGAGCUCACAGUGCUAUCGCUGCAUGACAAUAAAAUCAAGAUCCUUCCCGAAAACAUUUUUCAUUCUCUUGGAUCUUUGGUUGAACUAGACUUGUCUUGCAACAGAAUGUCCAGUCUUCCUAAAAACACCUUUAGGAGUUUAAAAUAUCUGCAGAAACUGAACAUGUCCCAUAAUCCUUCCCUCCAAAUUCACGCCAGUCACUUUGAUCACCUGGUCCAACUUGAGUCUCUAAGUCUGGAGGGCAUUGAAAUUCCUGAUAUAACCACCAAGAUGUUUCUUCCCAUGGGAAACCUGUCUCACAUAUAUUUUAAGGAUUUUCAGUACUGUUCCUAUGCCCCACAUGUUCGGAAAUGUAAACCUAACACAGAUGGCAUUUCAUCAGUGGAAGAUCUGUUAGCCAGCCUGGUUCUGCGGGUGUCUGUCUGGGUUAUGGCCUUCAUCACCUGCUUUGGGAAUCUCUUUGUUAUUGGAAUGCGCUCCUUCAUUAGAGCAGAGAACAACCUGCAUGCAGCCUGCAUCAAAGUCCUGUGUUUUGCUGACUGUCUGAUGGGAGUCUAUCUUUUCUUCCUGGGGAUAUUCGACGUGAAAUUCCGGGGUGAAUAUAACCGGAACGCUCUUAUCUGGAUGGACAGCGUGGAAUGCAGAACGAUUGGCUUUCUCGCCAUGCUCUCCUCUGAAGUAUCCGUUCUCCUCCUCACCUACUUGACACUAGAGAAAUUCCUAGUCAUCGUUUUCCCAUUUAGCCAUCUGCGGCCCGGGAAGCUGCAGACGGUGUUGGUUCUGGCCUUCAUCUGGAUUCUGGGAUUUGUCAUAGCAGCUGUUCCCUUGCUAAAUGAAGACGUGUUUGGGAACUAUUAUGGGCGAAAUGGAGUGUGUUUUCCUCUGCACUCAGAUAGGCUGGAGAAACCAACAGCCAAAGCAUACUCCACAGGGAUAUUUCUUGGUCUUAAUCUGGUGGCGUUCUUGGUGAUUGUCGUUUCCUAUUCCAGCAUGUUCUGUUCCAUUUAUAAAACCGGCCUCAAUGCCACAGAUGUGCGCAGUCGGCUACACAAAGAUGUGGCCGUGGCCAAUCGCUUUUUCUUUAUUGUGUUCUCUGACGCCCUCUGCUGGAUACCCAUAUUUUUGGUCAAAACGCUCUCCCUGCUCAAAGUUGAGAUUCCAGGGACAAUAAACUCUUGGGUGGUGAUUUUCAUUCUUCCUAUCAACAGCGCCCUUAACCCCAUCCUCUACACCUUGACCACCAGCUUCUUCAGAGAGCAGGUGGAGCUUCUCCUGUGCCGCUGGCAGCGGCACUCGGCGUCCAAGAAAGACCGUAAGAGUCUCACCAGCUCCACCAUCUACAUGGAGACCUCUCGAAAUGCAGAAUACCCCGCCAAAAUUUCCUUGCAACGACUGUCUUUGGCAGACAUGGAUAACCAAUAUGGGUGAAAGAGCCAAAGCGUUAAAGGUAUCAUAGUGUAGGCCUAUCAUAUUCAUUAUCUGUGUUCAGACUGGAGAAUAACUUUCCUGCAACAAAGGAUGGCACUGUGAUUCCUGCCUUUUAGGUUCUAAUAUGGAGUGCUCUUCGUAGACGCAUGACUCUAGCUUCACUGUUUUCUCCAUUAGGAGAAGCAUUUUUGAUCACUUCAGCUAGGUAAGAGCCUCGGACCCCUCCAGCGUCCAUUUUCCCCCUAACUGCCAUGUCUGGCUCACAGUCCUUGAGCUGGGCUUGCUGUUUGUCUCUAAAGCUUUUAAAGAAGAAAA